AUGGACUACGGUGACAUACGUAUCGGGUAUGCUGUAGCUUAUGCCCACACACCAGCGACCUCCUCUGCCGAACCUGAGCCCGACCAACCCACUAUCUCCGGACACAACCCCCGCACCCUCCUCUAUCGCCUCUACUACUCGCGCGAUUUCCGGACCUCCGACGCGACCCGCGAAGCUAUCAUCCAGCAUGUCCUGGGCGGAUGGCCAGGAUAUACCCAUCGGGGCUAUACAUCUCCGUCGGACUGGAUCUCAACGACCGAGUCCCUCGACUGGGCUAUAUGGGAGGUGGCGCGCAGGCUGGUCGUAUUGAGGCGAAAAGAGGUGGGAUUGGCGCUCAUCCACCGGAAUAUACGGUACGAUAGGGGAUAUAAGGGGAACAGGAACGUGGUGGAGUCGGCGCAGGAGGCGAUAGAGGGGUAUGGGGAGGAUUACUGGCUGGAUGAGGACCAGAUGGCUGCGCUCAACUUUUCGAGGGCGAGCUCAGAGUAUGUCCAUUUGGGGAGGAUCUUCAGGCGGGAUAUUGCGGUAUCCAACAUCUGGACAGCUGCUGCACCGGCUUAUGGAUUGACCGAUUCAUUCAUGCAGUCCUAUCUCAAGCCGUCCAAGCAGUGGCCGCGCAAGGGCGGAUGGCUUGAAUGUCUCAUCUUCGACCCCACUGAGCCAUUCAGCGUGGCCAAGGCGAAGAUAGCAGCGCGAAGGGAUCAGCUGGAGCGGUCAAGGCGGCCACCAAGGCGGUAA